UUGAUGACCAAACACCCUUCCAAGCGUCUGGGCUGUGGCCCUGAAGGAGAGAGGGACAUCAGAGAACAUGCCUUCUUCAGACGGAUCGACUGGGAACGCCUUCGAAACCGAGAGAUUCAGCCACCCUUCAAACCCAAAGAGAGCGGCAGAGCAGCAGAGAACUUUGACAAGUUCUUCACCCGCACCCAGCCUCAGCUCACGCCACCCGAUGAGCUGGUUAUAGCCAACAUCGACCAGGCUGAGUUUGCAGGGUUCUCCUUCAUCAACCCGCAGUUUGUACACCCGCAGGCCAACAACUAUGUAUGAGGAGGAUGGUCAAACGCCCAAAGAUGCUCCCUGUUUACCACCACCCACUUCAACGGACCGUCAACGUCUGACUAGAGCUUCAAAUCCCUCAAAAUAUCCUAAUGUGUUCAUGUAAGUCCUAAGCAGGAGACAAGGGCAUGCGUAUUUGCUUUGUACAAUAUUUUCGCCAAUAUAAAUUGAUAGAUUAAUUUGGUUCAUAGUCAAGACAAAAUGUCCCCUAAUAGUGAUGAUCAGGCACUCUAGGAUGUGUCUCUGCAGGCAUUAGCACAGAACAAUGCCAGGCUUUAUUAAUAAUCUAUGCCAAUAUAUGAAAUAAAGGAUAAAAUAGUCUGUUUACAAACCUCUGUGGAUAAACGUGCUUUCAGUAGAUCUAACUGGCGAGAAACAGUUUCUGUCAGUAACCCAAACACGUCUGAAGCAGUGUGUAGACACUAUAGCCAAAUGCAUGAAGGACAGGUGGUGCAGGCAUUGAAACAGCACUUUUUAUUGAUUCAACAUUUCCUGUAUCUUGUUUACAGCUUUCUUCUUGUUCCAUUUCAUUGUGACGGUGUACCAGUAAAUUCUUUUGAGUAUAAAAUUUGUUUUAACCAGUCUCAGCUCCUCUGUGUGUAGCAAAUUGACAAAAGCAACAAAUAGGUGAACAUGUACAUCCUGUGAAAACAAAAAAAGGAGAAAUAUUUAUUAUGACUGGCAUUAAUUCCAGGUUUUAAAACUUAGCUUAGCUUUAAGUGCUAAAUAGGAUCAUUUCGUGCUCUUAUUGAGCCGUUACAGUGCCCAUCCAGUGACACUGGAUAAAAGAUUUUUUAGCUUGCGGCCACGCGAUAAUAAUGCAUGGUCAUGAGAUAAUAAUGUGUAGCCAUGAGAUCAUUAUAAGCAGCGUGUCUCUUUGUGAGAGAGAGGCUACGGAUUUUGAAAAUGUCCAAGUGUUCAACUGUACAAAGGUAGCCUACACCACACUUAUUAAUAAUAUUAUUGUUUGGCAUAUGUUAAUAUAAAUGGUUCAUUUUUCACAGUAGGCUAUUUAUGAGAUGACAAUGAAUGCCCAGAUGUGUGUCAGGAAACAGAUAUUUUACUGUGUUCCUGAACGCAACAAAACUCUGACUCCUUCCACAGCAAAAGCUCGGUGUGAGAGAGGAAACUGUUUUGAGCUUCAAAAAGAAAAAAGAAAAAAAGAAAAUAAAGCUUUUUGGACAAAGAUAACUCCAUUCGUCACCUGUGUCUUAUAGCUGCAACACAUAAUGUCAAGAAUUACUUCAUGUCUAGCAUAGCUGACUGAAGUAUCAUUCAUUUGUAGUAGUCAUUCAUUCCAAUAUUAAAAUAAAGUGAAAUUAAUUUCAAACUUGUCCAUCAGCAGUCUCUGUAUGGAAAUGACUCCAAUAAUUAUCACAUGGCCACACUUUAUUUAUCGCAUGGUCACAGGAUAAAUUAGUUUUUAUCCAGUUUCACCGGACAGUUUCCACACAAAACUGUACAAUUCAGUAACCUUUGUGGACUUGCGUUCAGUUUUGUGUUCGAUCAGCAUCAGAGCAUGCUCCUAUUUGCGAUCAAAUUAAUUAACCUAAAGAGUUUACAGCUUUCUGUGUUUAAACACUAGUUAGUUUUAAUCGUUUCUGGCUACACUGAUAAGUACAGAGCCUCUCGCUCUCCGUAAAUGUUUUAAAGGGAUCUGUGAGGACUUGUUGUCUCAUUUGAAGCUGUUUUGUAUUAAUCACGCAAUGUUUUAUUGCACACAGUAUCCGCUUAAGGUUUGGUUAAAAAAAAAACAACCACAUUUGUCAGUUGUGUUUUACUCAGAGUUGCUUUUCUGUCUCAAAAAAAAAACGUGUUAAAGU